AUGGAUACAGCACAAAUGUCUGCAAAUGAUUCCCAAUUAGUAGCUUUAUCAUGUAGAGAAAUUGAGGAUUUCAUGUUAAAAGAUUUCAAUGCAUUAGACUAUGAAUCAUCACGAAAUAUGACACGUGAAGAUUAUGUUCUUUUAAAUCGUUUACCAUAUUGUGAACCUAAACCAUAUCCAACUGCAGAAGGUUUAGAAAAAUGGAUACUAGUUAUAAUAUUAAUAGGUUUUCUUAUAUUUGGACUUAUUGGAAAUAGUUUAUCGGCAACAAUUCUGUUUCGUCGUUCACGUCGAGGACUUUCAUCUUAUUUUUAUUUAGCAUUAUUAGCUAUUGCUGAUAUAUGUGUACUUUAUAGUGGCUGCCUUUUAUUUUUACUUGAUAUAUUAUUUGGAUAUCAUCCACAAAUCGAAUCAAAAUUUCUAUGUCGUCUAGCUUUUUAUAUACAACAUUUAGUUACUUGUAUAUCAGCUUGGCUUAUUGUUGCUGUUAUAAUUGAACAUUUUAUAGUUAUUCGAUAUCCAUUUCAAUCUAUACGUUUAUGUCGUAUGCAUGUUGCAUAUGCAAUAUCAAUAAUAAUCUUUCUAUUUUUUUCCAGUUAUGCAGCACAUUACUUUUUUACAGUUGAUAUACUUCAUGUUGAUUUACAAACUGAUGAAGGUUAUCAUCCAGACCAACUUAUUUGUGAUACAGUUCAUCAUCGAAAAUUAUUAUCAUUUAUUGAUUUAUGUUUUUAUAGUGUUAUACCAUCAAUAUUAAUUCUUAUAUUUAAUAUUUUAAUUAUUAUAGUUAUGUUUCAUGCAAUUAGAAAACGACGAGAUUAUUUACAAGCAGAGAAUUAUAUUCCAGCAGAAGAUAUACCUCAAAGAAAUAAAAGUUCAUCAACAAUUCGUACACAACUUUUUCGAAGUCGCUCUGCAGAGUCAAGUUCAGCUGAUCGUCCAUAUAGUCAAACAAAUAAUGAAAUGACUGAACAAAAUAUAAAUCAAAAAAAUUUAUUUGAUCCAACAAGUGCAACUGGAAUACGAUUAACAUAUUUAUUAUUACUUGUAUCGUUUACAUUUGUUGUUUGUACAUUACCAAUAUCAAUACGUCCAUUAAUAGUUGAUUAUUUACCAUCAUUUAAAUCAACAAAACGUUGGCGAAUAACUCAAGAUUGUUUAACACUAUUAAUGUUUUUAAAUCAUGCAAUCAAUUUUGUAUUUUAUUGUUUGACCGAUCGAGCAUUUCGUAGUGAAUGUCGCAAACUACUCCGUAGUUUAUGGUUUUUCAAAGAUAUACAUAUACCACGUACAACAGGUCAAGAUUCAAAUGAACAUCAAUCAUAUCAUCAUCAACAACUUGUCCCUAUUGAUCAAAAUCAAUAUAUUCUUCCUCGACAACAGCAACAACGUAUUGAUCAAGGGGAAACAGUUGAUUAG